AUGUCUGGUAAUCAACUUCUGAGAGAAGUUCGGCUCUAUGAAAAUCAUAGCGAAAGGGAACAAAUGGAAAACAUGGGCGAACUUUUUGCUGUUCUCAAUGCCCUAGAAUGCUUGGAAAAAAUGUUCAGUAGAGAUCAUGUAGCAGCUGAUGAAUACCAGACUGAAUGUUUCAAACUGUUAGACCAAUACAAGGUGGCCAUGCGAUUAGUCAGAGGUACAGAUGUAGAAGCCUUCGCUACUAAGUACUGUUUACAUUGCCCCGCUGCUCUGGAACGAAUAAGGGAAGGAAGGCCAAUCACAAUUAGAGAUGACAAAGGAAAUCUUCUCAAAAAUAUCGCUAAUAUUGUUGAGGUAUUCAUAACAUUCUUUGAUCAACUAAAACUGAAUGUGAGAGCUGUCGACGAGCUAUUCCCAAAUUUGAAUGAAUUGUAUACUUCGAUCAAUUCAAUGUCCCGAUUACCUGAAAACUUCGAUGGCAAAAUAAAGAUCAAGAAAUGGCAUGACCGUUUGUCCGACAUGAACGCUUCUGAUGAAAUCACGGAUGAGGACGCAAGACAGAUGAUUUUUGAGUUGGACGGUGCUUACUCAGCUUUCAUCAAGUUUUUGCAUAGUGAACAACAUUGA